UCGUACGUAUCUAUGGUCGUACAUCAAGCAAAACAAAAACACAAAACAUAACCCUGCAUCUUGAUACGUUAAACGAUUAUAAAGAAAUGUCUAAUAAUUUAAUUAAACGCAGUAAGAAGACCUUAAAAAAAAAGAAAUUGCUGACAAACCUACAGAGUUCCUCUGAAUCCGAUGAAGAAAGUAGUGCACAUGAAUUAUCACACUAUAAAAACGAUAAAAUCAGAAUGAUGAAGGAGGUUUUAAAAAUACUCAAUCCAAAAAAAAUUAAAUCGAUGGCUCCCGAUUGUAUAAAACAUUUGGAUAUUGAAGAAAUAAAUGCCAUGCUUUUAGAAGAACUUCUGGGAAUAUCCAAUAAAAGAUUAGGCUAUAUUUUCAAUGGAGAGAACCCUGAUCGAGAGAGUAGUUCUUCAGAGUCAGAAGAUGAAAAGAUAGCUGAAGUAAUAUCACUGGAUGAUAUUUCUGAUGAUGAUAUUGAAAUAUGUAUCGGACCUGAUGAUAAAGAUGCAAUUGUAGAUGAGUUGGACAAGAGAUAUAAAAAGCAGAAGGCAAAAUCUAAAACAAAGUCGAUAAAAUCUGAAAAAUCAGAGAAAUCAAGAAAAAGGAGCCACCACUCACAAAGUAAUCAAAAAGGAACUGAAGACGGUAAUUUAAUGAGUGUCCUAGAACUUCUAGAACUUCAAGCCAGAGCAAGAGCUAUUAGAUCACAAUUAGCAUUAGAAGCAGCUCAAAAGAAAGAAAAAGAGACAGAAAAUUUAAAUGUGAAGCUGGAGGAAAUAUCUGAUGAUGACGACGCUGUAAUUGUUCAAAGUCCAGAAAAAGAUGAGAUAGUUAUAGACUCUAGUGACUCUGAAGAAGAAAGGGAAUCUCAUGAAUUACAAGAAGCUGAGAAAACUUCGACCAUUAGUUCAAAACGCUCACCUCAUGAAAAUGAUGAAUCUGAAAAACUAAAAGAAAAUACAGCACAGAAAAAAAUUAAACAGAAAGUUAAAAUAAUCAGAGACUGGAGCAUACAAAAUAAUAAUGUUACAGAUAAUUUUCGGACAGAAGAAAAUACCCAUACAUGUGUAGAUAAAAUACAUUUUCAAGUAAAUAUUCAAAAAGAAGGUAUGAAAAAUACUCAAAUUAUAAUAGGCAAACAAAACACUCCAGAGCAUAUUGAAUCAAAAGAUCAUAAAGAAAAUGAAUUACAAAAAAUAUGUAGCCCAUUACAAAAGAUAAUUAAUAAAGAUAAAGAAUAUGGUGAAAUUUCAAACGAAAAAGAUAGAGGAAAACCAACAAGAACUAAAGAUAGUCAUAGUGAAUGUGGUGAUGAAAUAGUUAUAAAUUUAGAUGAAGAUGAAAUGAAUGAAGUAGAGCAUUCAUAAAAAAAAUACUUAAACUAAUACUUUGCCAUAUUAAAUUGAAUAUUUUGCGUUUAAUAAAUCUUAAAUUAAAGUGAACUUUUUUCUUAUUGUAUUGUUAUAUGUUUGAUAUAUGAAUUUCUUCUUUUAAAACUAAUAAAUACAUGGCAAUUGUUA